ACCGCCGUGUGUGCACGGUGUACCCGAUCCCGCUUCAGCAGACCAAGGGAUUCGCGCGCGAAACAUGACUGCCUGCUGCUCCUGUCAUGGGCACGAGAGACGCUGAACAGUGCGCGACCCGGUGGACCUUGAUUCGUUCUAAAUGAAUUCGACUCGGCCCGCGUCGGCAGCGUCCUGACUACGACUCCGUUUCGAAGGAGACAACAGUGUGUUGCCGCCCGAGACGCGCAACACGCCUCGAAGACAAUCGCGAGCGACCGCAGCCUACACCCACGAGAUCAAUUGACCCGAGAGGAUCGUAUUCGCGCUAACCUAUUUCGAUUUUCUACUUCAGAAUGUUAGGAGCCGAAAACUAUUAUGCAGCUAUCGUACUUUUUCUGCUCACGUAUCCAUCAUUCUCGGCGAUGGUUCUCCCAAGGCCGCCGUCUUCACCGAAUCAUAUACCACAGGAUCAAGGAUUGAGCGACAGGAAGAUAUACGAGGGCAAAUCCCUCCAGAGUUUCCUACAAAGCUCGAAUGUCGAAAGACCGAACACCAAUGAUUACAGUUUCCUAGAAAUCGAGUUACAAAGCCGAGACGACCUAGACCCAACGAACCUCCAAAGCAUCGUGCACGCGAUGCUAAAGCCGCCCGAGCAGAUCCGCAACGACAGCUACCCGAACCCAGAAGUCAUACCGCAUUCGAUCUUCGGAGUCCGAGACUUCGGUUUGGCGCCGAAUUUCAAGUUGAAGAUGUUCGACGAGGAGAAGCACGUGCUAAUGGAACCACCGAAACUCCAGAAUUACAACGAGAAGCUGUAUUACUUGAAGAACAGCAGACCGAAGGUCUACGUGAACGUGAGAGGUCACAGUGGUUCCUUUCGGAAGGAACCGACCACGAGGACGACAUCCGGCGACGAAUCCAUGGAAUUCCUUCGCGUGACACCGUACCUCCAAAGGCAAGCAGACUGGAGAUCCCUGCACAACAAGAAGGGUCGGCUACCGAAGAAGUUCGAUCGUCGAAUCGGUAUCGAUCACAGCAGGAAGAAUCAUUCGCGGAUCACCGAGAAGAAAAAGCUGAGCAGAUUAGCCUCGAUUUACGGUGCCGACGAUUCCACCACCGAAAAUUCAAUGGUAACGUCCAGCGAACUGCCCAAGCAAAUACCUGCACCGCCGUCUAAGGUACCCAGCAGAAAUUUAAUGACACAAACUACGCCCGUUCAGAGAUACGCUUUGAGGAGAACGGACAUAUUGCCAGGAUACAGCUUCCCCGAUGAUUGAUACCGUGAACUCGAGCGACGAAGAUUAAUUACGCCGAAUGCCUCAGUUCUAUGAGGUCGAAACAGUGCGUGGAACGAUUAAUGGGACCAAGUUCAAUCCCUGCCUAAGGAUGUUGGCCGGUUUAACUCUGCAUCACUGAUUACGAGAUCUGUGGCGAUAAUAGUUAUGUAAUUUACGCUGGAUGUUGGGCGAUUCUACCAGCUAAUGCAUUUUGACGAUGUUUCAAUGGAAAAUGUUUAUAUUUGAAAUGAUUCUUACGAAGCUACCAUGUUUUAUUUUUUAAAUGGAUGAUGGGUUGACAGUAUUUCUACUUUUUUCGAUUCGAAUUUUUAAAUUAAAAUUAUUUUCCAAGUUUAGUCGUAUAUUCUGAAGUGGCUAUUUGACUUUUUCAGUAACGGUUAUAAAAUUAAUUAUAGGAAAUGUCCAAAAUUCAAUUGAGGACAAGUGAUUUAACUGGGAAAAUAAUUUUAAGUGAAAAUUUCAAAAGACGUCUUUUGAUACCUUCGGUAGAAAUAGUGUUAAGGUGGAUCUGUAGCAAAAUUUUUAUGUGCAAUUGCAUUUGCAUGUUCUGAGGUCAACUGGAAUGUGAAGUUUGUAAUAAUUUACUUAUGAUAAUGGCGGGAAUGACUUAUGAAUAAAGGAAUCAAUAAUAAGAUUAUAAAUGAGUGUUCUGUAAAUAUUAAUUUGAAAUUUAGAAAUAUAUUUAUAAGAGUUCUGGUUUUUACUGAUAUAUUUGUUUCCUUGGGAAGUGUAGGUAAUUUUAUGUUGAUUAAUAAAAUUUGAUUGAAGUGCAAUAGAAUGUUAAAUUAUGUAUAGAUUUCGCGAGAAAUUAUUAUCUCACUCUGAUUUCUAUAAAAAGGUAUGUAAUAUACUGACUUUUCUUUAUUUAUUGAUGAAUGUUUCUGUCUAUAAUUCUGUGAUCAGAAUUGCUGCAUAAACGAAUAUUAAAUAUUCAUCAAGUUCUUAUAUGUUGAUUAUUAUGGCCAGAAAAAAGCGUGCCCAUGUUCUUACACAUAAUGCAAAUCUUUUACUUAAGAUAUUAGCGGUUAAUUUAUAAACAGUACAAACGUU